GGGUGCUGGUUGUGCUGUGUUGGCAUAGCUCUCGUUGUCCUCCUGUUUCCUGGUUCACAGUACUGCCUGUUUUAUUUCUCUUGGUGGACUGGACCGGACAGACAAUUGAACAGUGGCUGAGGACUGAACUGGCUACAGGACCAGGGAGAGCUUCUACAGACCUACAGCAAUAUAACCUCUACGGAUUGGAGACAAGACAUUUUUAAUCAUGGUGGUUUUGAGGAAGGGUGAAUGGGUGUGGGUAGACUCCGGUCAGGGGUGCCCAUCGGAGCUCAGGUCAAGCUGACCGACACUGGAAAGCUACAGCUCUUCGAUGAUGAAGGAAAGGAGCAUGAGAUCAACAAGAAGAAAGAGGAUGAAUUCCGGCCCAUGCACCCUACGUCUGUUAACGGAGUGGACGACAUGAUUCGACUGGGAGACCUCAACGAGGCCGGGCUCCUCAGGAACCUCCUGGUCCGACACAAGGACGGUAUCAUCUAUACUUACACAGGCUCCAUUCUGGUGGCAGUGAACCCGUACCAGCUGCUGCCUCUCUAUACUACAGAGCAGGUGCAUCUGUACACGGACCGCCGGCUGGGAGAGCUGCCGCCACACGUGUUCGCCAUCGCAGACGGCUGCUUCUUCAACAUGAGACGCAACAAGAAGGACCAGUGCUGUGUCAUCAGUGGUGAGUCUGGAGCAGGAAAGACAGAGAGCACCAAGUUGAUGCUGCAGUUCCUAGCUGCUGUCAGUGGACAACACUCUGAUAGAACAACAGAUCCUGGAGGCCAACCCCAUACUGGAGGGUAAAGGCCUUUGGGCUGUCAUAAAGACAAUUGAUUCAUUUGAUUGAUUCAUGCGUUCAUCAGGCUGGAUCU